CAAUGCAAAAAAUAAAAGGGUAGCUAGAAGCAGGGGCGAGGGGAACGGAGGUAAAGCGAACGCUCUCGGUCGGUCUCUCUCUCUCUCUCUCUCUCUCUCUCGUUUUUAUUACAUGAAUGAAUGAAUUGAGUAGUAAGGGACACGUACAAGGAAACACGCCUCCGCCUGGACGACCAAACGCGUUUGAUAUUUGACUUGUGUUCAAUGGUACGUGUUUGCAUCUGUACAUUUUCGGCGAAAACCAGAGUAGGACGUCUCAUCCCGUCGUUUGAAACACUUCAGAAGGCGUAGCAGCUGAAAGUCCUCGCGGUGAACAUGGCAACUUUAACGAACGGACAGGUGGACGCCGCGGUGCACGGAGGAGCGGCCAGUACGAACGGGCUCGUGAACGGAAUAAGCCACACGCACAGUCCCGCGAGCUGCGCCACCAUUCCCAUGAAGGACCACGAUGCCAUCAAACUGUUCAUCGGACAGAUACCCCGCAACCUGGACGAGAAGGACCUCCGGCCGCUCUUCGAGGAAUUUGGCAAGAUCUACGAGCUCACCGUGCUGAAAGACCGCUUCACUGGCAUGCACAAAGGCUGUGCCUUCCUCACAUACUGUGCAAGAGAAUCGGCGCUAAAAGCUCAGACUGCGCUUCACGAGCAGAAGACACUACCUGGGAUGAACAGGCCAAUCCAGGUGAAGCCAGCUGACAGUGAGAGCAGGGGAGAAGACAGAAAACUCUUCGUUGGCAUGCUGAAUAAGCAGCAAUGUGAGGACGACGUGCGGCGCCUUUUUGAGUCCUUCGGGAGCAUUGAGGAGUGCACCAUCCUCAGAGGUCCUGACGGAAACAGCAAAGGUUGUGCGUUUGUGAAGUAUUCCACUCAUGCAGAAGCUCAGGCCGCUAUUAGUGCUUUACAUGGCAGCCAAACCAUGCCUGGCGCUUCUUCCAGCCUGGUGGUGAAGUUUGCAGACACAGAUAAGGAACGGACCAUUCGACGCAUGCAGCAGAUGGCCGGUCAGAUGGGCAUCUUCAAUCCGAUGGCCCUGCAGUUUGGAGCGUACGGUGCCUAUGCACAGGUUCAGCAGCAGGCAGCGCUGAUGGCAUCAGUGGGUCAGGGAGGAUAUCUCAGCCCUAUGGCGGCUUUUGCUGCCGCACAGAUGCAACACAUGGCCACCAUCAACGGCCUCCCAGGGGCUCCCAUGACCCCAACAUCAGGUGGAAGCACGCCCCCUGGCAUCACGGCUCCCACGGUGACCAGCAUUCCAUCUCCAAUUAGUGUCAACGGUUUCACAGGGCUGCCUCCUCCUCAGGCCAACGGCCAGGCUCCAGCGGAGGCCAUGUUUACCAAUGGAAUCCAUCCUUACCCAGUUUUGCAGGAAGUGGUGUUUAGGGAAGACUCGGAGAAGGGCGGCCUGGGCGUGGCACAGAGAAGUUGUUUUGGGGUUCAGGGAAGCUGCUUCCUGUCGUCUCUCUCAGAAGCUCAGAGUCCCACUGCAGCAGACCCCCUACAGCAGGCCUACGCUGGAGUCCAACAAUAUGCAGCAGCCUUCCCCGCUGCAUAUGGACAGAUCAGCCAGGCCUUUCCCCAGCCGCCUCCCAUCAUCCCUCAGCAACAGAGAGAAGGGCCGGAGGGCUGUAACCUGUUUAUUUAUCACCUCCCUCAGGAGUUUGGGGACGGCGAGCUGAUGCAGAUGUUCCUGCCUUUCGGUAAUGUCAUCUCCUCCAAAGUGUUUGUGGAUCGGGCGACAAACCAAAGUAAAUGCUUUGGCUUUGUGAGCUUUGAUAACCCGGGCAGCGCUCAGGCCGCCAUCCAGUCCAUGAACGGCUUUCAGAUUGGCAUGAAGAGACUCAAAGUGCAGCUGAAGAGGCCAAAGGACGCCAACCGCCCAUAUUAGCCCCAUCCCUCCCCCCAGCCACCCCUGACCCUGGGGGUGAAGGCCGCCGCUGCGCACAGGGAACGACAGGUUUUGUAGAGCUGGAACACAUGUUGAUAACAUGCCAAAUGUAUUUGAAAACACAACAGAUCAAGAACAUCGGGGCUGGGGAUACAGUAGAGCUGAAGCGGGACAUGAGGAGGAUGUAGCCGCGUGAUAUUCCACCACCACCACCACCACCAGGCUCAAUGGACCUUUUUGGACUUCAGUGUUUAACUCAGGGGAGCCGCGGUGUUACUGGACCAUACCGUACUCCCUUCUCCGAACCCCCGAGCCCAUUUUGCAGGACCACAGGACACACUACUGAAGACCAACAUUAAAUAUAUAUAUAUAUUUAAAAAAAAGAAAAAGAAAAACAAUGUAAGCCCUCAAAAGGCUCCGAAUCUAUGAAUAAGUAGUACGGAAAAAACACUUUUUAAAACUAAGAUAGACUUUUAGAUGGGAAUCAUGUAAUAUUGAACACGUCUUUGGGAAAACUUUUUAAAGAACUGUUUUAGAAACCAACAAAACGGAUUAAAAAAAGAACAAAAAAACUUGAAAGACAGAACUUUUUAGAAGGAUGUGACAAUUCAGGACAAGAACUUGCUUCGACUCGGGAUGGCCAACUUUUUUCUUGGAGUGCCUGUCCGUUUCCAGGGGCAACGGCUGCCACAAACUGCAGCCUCCGUCCGCUGGGAGACUUACCUGUCAUUCCUUAGUUGUGUAGGGACCAAAUGACCAAACCUUUUUAUCACAAAUGAAACAGAAAAAAAAAGAAAGAAAGAAAAAAAAAAAAAAGACUCGUACCUGUAACAUAAUUGGGCCACUGCAUCUCUUGCUGUGCCAAUCGGUUUAAGAGUUGUAUUUAAAAAAAAAAAAAGAAAAAAAAAGAAGAUGAUGAUAUAUGUAUAAAAAGACCAUAUAUGACUAUAUGCAUAAAUGCAUACAUAUA